CCACGUUUCUCAUCGUCUGUCAGCCUGCGUCAUGGUUAUUCCAGCCAGAAGAAGCCGCGCGGCCGGCGAGCGAAGUUAAUUUGCGUGGGGCGCGUGUGGUGAUAGAUAGGUAGCACCGGCUCCGCGCAAGGUGUUCGGGAGAACUAGCAGAGGACGCAGAAUCGACCUGGGCUGCGUUCUUUCUCCAGAUUUAGCCCAUUUCUUCGUGUAAAGUAAGCAAACUGAAGCCCAGGCCGGGAUACUCGCGUCAAAGAACUGCACCUCCUUGGCUCGGUAUCCAGAAAAUUAUUAUUGGCAUAUGCAAGAACUUAGCCCACCAGCGCCAGCAGCACUGAAAAAGACCGCCGAAAAAUUGAAAACAUAAUGUCGGCCCCGUGUGGUAGUUCUCCAUGUUCACCACUGCUACCGCGGAAAAUAAGGGCAACGAAGCCCCCCGCACCCCCGCAGCAAGUAGUCCCCUGCAAUUUUCAGCAGCGACGCUGGUUCGCCGGGCGCUUGCGUUGGGAAACGGACACGAAGCACGCAAAGAAGCUGGAGAGGUUCGGAAAAGAUCCCCUCGCGGUGUUCUCCUACUGCCAUGCCUACCGCACCAAGCUACAGUACCGGGACUGGCUUGCGGCGCUGACGCUCCUUAUCAAAUGCAAAUAUGUCUGGGUCUGGAAACUUGUAAUGCUAAAAAUGAAUGGUAGACGCACUGCAAUGCGCAGCUAUGCAUGACAAAUCUUUAUUUGGCUGCCGUGUCUUACGUGUUCCGCAUGGCAAACUGCGUUGAUGUUGCGUGACAGGUAAGUGGGCUUUGUCGUGCCUAUGCAACACAGAUUCUCGAGUCAUGCCAGACAAGCAUGACAAACUUGCAUUCUUCCAGACCCAGACAUUCUUGCACUUGAUACUCCUGACGACGCAGCAACACAGGUUCGACAGCAGUUGGGAGGCCUUCCUAUCAACUGCAAAAAUGUCUGGGUCUGGAAGGCUGCAACUUGUGAUGCUGACUUUGGAUUCUAAAAAAAAAUUGUAUUGCAUGACCACCAAGAGGAGUCCAGUUUGCUCUACGCGGAGAGGCCAUUUCACAUGCGGAGUAGGCAUCAGGAAGCCGUCUAAAAAUCUGUGAUGCUACGUUAUACAUUACAGGCCUUAUGGGUCAUGGAAAAUCUGCAUGACAAAUCUUGCAACCUUCCAGACCCAGACAUUUUUGCAUUUGAUACUUCCGGCUGUUCAACGAACACGUGCGGAAUUUUGGCGUGACAAACAAAAACCUGCCCCUGAUUCUGCACCGCUACGCCGUGCUCCGGUACACGCCCGCGGUGUUCAAACUCCUGCCCCGGCUUAUGGAAGCGUCAGAAUCGAAAUCGUCAAAGUUGAAGUAGUUUGUGAUGCAUAAAGUGCAACGCAAAAAUUACCCCUAUUACAGAGGACGCAAGGGAUGCAGAUUGCAAGCCUGUUGAUGGGUAGAAACUGAGCUGCUAAAGUAGCAUGACAAAAGGCGUCUUCCUUACCCAAACAGCAUUACAAACUGGAUUUGAGUUCUACCCAAAUUUGUCAUGCGCCACCUGAAAACUAGGCGCCAACUGGUAUCCGUUUUAUGCAUCACAAAUUAUUUUUUCAACUCUGACGAUAAUUUCGAUCCUGACACUUUCAUACGGCUGCAGGGUUUGGUGCUCGACCUUCCGCCGAAGCAAUUGGCGCUGGCCGCCUGGAGUUUGGGGCGGUGCCAUGUGUACGACGAACGGGUGUGGGAUUUGCUGGCGACAAAGAUGGUCUUGAUUUACACAAGGGAGGAUUUUGACGGGUUUUCGUCCUCGGGUGUAGCUGCCGGGGGUGCUGGAAAGGAAAAUCAAAGUUGUAUGUCGGCUACCACAAUGUUGACUGCCAGGAGCUGCGAUACACCCUCAGCUGCUGCCGAAAUGACCACGAGUUCAUCUGCUGUCAACAGAGAUCAACAUUCGAGUUGUUCCACCGUGCAGCUCCUUCCCACGGGCGAAGCCGAAGCGGAAAGAUGUGCUUUUAGUACUUCUGCGGCGAGCAACUGCAACACUUCUAGUACGGAUUCCCCCGGUUUUCGUGAUUCGCAGGACGGCGUCGUCGACGACAAAUGCUCGGACGAAAAGGAUGAGAGCGCUACAGCAGGAACUGCAUCUUCUUCACCCGGCGAGGUACAUUCACAACCUUCUGUGGAGGCUACAUCUGCAACUACACUUUCGUCUUCUACUGAUUCCCCUACAACUCCCGCCGCCCACCCUAUCCGGCACCAGAUGUGUUCCUUUGCGGACUUGGCGCUGAUGAUGUGGGGGUUCGCUGCGGUCGAGCGGAAGGACGUGCGAGACAUCGGGGUGGUGCAGGAUGCGGUCCGGGCUUACUUGCACUUUUACCGCCUAGUACCGGAUGAAGUAGAUCAUGCUGUACUAGAGAGAAAACAACAUCCUCACGGCCACAAAAAUCACGGUCGGAACAGUCUUACCGCCAUGAUUUCCCCUCGGUUUUCGCCGAAUUCCAGGAAUUUCGCGUUUUCCAUAGCAACGGCGCCAGGAAAAGAACGACCUGAAGAAAAUCGAGAUCCUGCUCAAGAAGCUAGGCGAACAAGCGGAGGUAAAGAUGGUCAGGACCGAAGAACCGAUGCGACGUCUCGUAGUACUUCCACUAGUACAAGAGAAGCAGUAGAAACGGGUCUGGACGAUCAUGAUGUUCGAUCUGACACAACUACUGCAACGACGGGAGCAACAAGUGUACUAACUACGCCAUCCAAGACGGGUCCUGAUCAUGUUUUGAAACCGACACCUGCUCCCACGAAUGUCCCGCAAGGAGCCCCCCGCAUUUCAUCCCACUCCCUGGUUCUUUUGUUGAAGAGUUUCUGUACGGUUUCCCCUAGCGACACGGCGUUCCUCACGCUGCUGCUGUCCGCCACGACCCGAGCCUUGGAGGACUGCGAAAUACAGUUCACGGCCCAGGCAUUGACGUCCUUGUACCAGGUAACGACGCAACUGCUGCAGAAUCGAGUGUUUUUUCCGAACAAAGUGCAACUGGUAAGAGAAGUGGAAGCCGCAGAGCAAAAACCUUCAGACAAAACACGACCUGCACGACCACGGCUAGAUGGCGCGAGAGAUGCGCAGGUGGAGAAAACAAACACUGAAAAUGGCACUUCAUCUUCGUCCCGCUCUUUGUUUCAACAUGAUCGUCACAGCACCGAUAGUAAUCCACCCGAUUGGACGAACCAUCAUAGCGCCGGCCUCGCUGAAAGACCCCGAGGACCAACUUCUCUCUCAAAACCGGAAAAGCAGGCGGUCUCCCGACUGCUCCAAACGGUACAAAACCGAGCCCAUCUGCUGCGGCUUUUCCUGGAUGCAGUCAACGAGCGGAGCAGGCGACUGCGCUUGGAUAUCGCCUUCAACCAGGACCACGUGGUAAAAAUCUUGCAGGCGAUGGAACUCCUUGGCCGCUUCGCUGAACAGAAUCACUUUGUGGAAAUUAGGCGGACAUCAAAUGCAACUACGCCUUCCGAGCAGAAAAGUUGUCUUUCGACGAGGAGAGAAAUACCAGGAGCGGAGAACAGCGGUUAUAAUUUUGGUAAGAAGUAUAACAUCCACAACUACAACACGGACGGAGCAACUAUCAGAACGAAAGAGAGCAAAAAUCUGCUAGCUACCGAAGAUUUGCGUUCUCCCCUUCUCUCCCCGCCGACGCUCGCCCGGGAUCCGCGGCUGAUUUACCAAGUGUUGGCCUUCGUCGGGUCCGACAAAGCCUCACACCUGCGCGCGGACAGCCUGCUGGCUAUCACCACGUCCUUUGCAAACAUGCAGAUUCGCGACGAGCCAGCGUGGAAACGGUUGGCGGUCCGCUUCCAAAAAAUUGGCGCGGAGUUCACCAGCAGGGAGCUGCGGAAAGUGCAGCAUAAUUUCGAAGCGGCCGGCCGCAGCAACAGCCGCAUUGAGGGGGUGGCGGCCGCGUAUUUGGAGGUCAGGCAGGACCGGGAGAUGUAUGGACCGUGUUGAGAGGCCUGAUUGAAUGUCAUUGUAUUCUUCGUGGAGCAGGAGAUGUGCGAAAAGAAAAAAUGAACCUCAUGCUGUAUGACAAACUUUUGUAGGAUACUUCAGAAAUAACAACAACAAAACGAAGCUGUGAGGAAAUAUAUAACUCAUGAAAUCCAAAGAGCAAUGCUGGCAAUUCGCGCACCUUGCGGGAAGUAAGAGGUCGAU